AUGAAACCAUCCCGAAAAACCUCUAUACUACAAACUUAUGUCACCAAACAUCCAUUGACGUCAUAUGAUGGAUAUGCUGAUUCCGAUGAUAUUACCACCAGCGUUCAACCCAGCUCUGUUUUUUUGUAUAAUCAACCGACUGGAAGCGUUAUGAGGUCUAGAAGAAAUACUUUUACUUACGGUCAAUCUGGAGAAGGAAGUUCUCAACAACUUGUACCACCUGGCCUUAAUAUGGAUAGUCAACUUGUUCCUUACGCUAAAGAGUGGACAGUCAUAUUGCGUAACGAAACCGCUGGUCAGUUAGUUCUUUAUAAUGCUACCAAUCGACGCGUUUCGGUUAGAAGGUUACCACCAAAUAAUAACCCACAACCUCAGGCAUUGAUUACACCAAACACGUGUACAUAUUGCGGGAGGCCCUUUGAAACAAAUCAUCAUAGGUCUGGUGCUGGGUCAUCAAGUACAGAUUUUAUACAUAGGAAUUAUUUUCGUUUAUUAGAAAAUUCCGAAAGCGUUCACCCCGAAUCAUUACCAAUUGGAGAACCAUAUCCCUUUACAGAACCUUCAACAGAAUUUACAUUCAUAAACUCUCAUGAAGAAGAAAUACAUGCUACUCUUUCACAUGAUUCUUUUAAUCAAGGAUAUUACGAGAGAUUUUUUAUUGAAGAAAAAAAAUUGGGAAGAGGAUUUCGAGGCUCUGUCUAUCUGUGCAAGCAUGUUUUGGAUAAUGUACAGUUGGGAGUGUAUGCUGUCAAGAAAGUUGCUGUUGGUGAUGAUCAUGCGUGGUUGGUUAGGAUGCUAAGGGAAGUUCAUUUAUUGGAAAAAUUACAUCAUCCAAACAUUGUGGACUAUAAGCACGCUUGGCUAGAAAACCAUCAAUUAACAAAUUUUGGACCACAAGUUCCGUGUUUAUUUAUUUUAAUGGAGUUUGCUAAUGGAAGGAAUUUAGAGGAAUAUAUUGAACAUUCAUCAACUUUUUCAAUGCAACAAGAUCCAGAAGAAGCGAAAUUUAGUACAAAAGAACGUAUAUUACGUGCAAGGAGAAUGAGACAUGCACCCGAACAAUCAUCAACUCGUGUACCAUCAAAACGUUCUUUAAAUUUACAAGAGAUUUGGCUAUUUUUCAUAGAUAUCUGUGAAGGGUUGGCCCAUUUACAUAGGCAUGGUAUUGUGCAUAGGGACCUGAAACCUCCGAAUUUACUAUUGCAUUAUGACGAAGAGAGAACUGCCAUACCAAGAGUUUUGAUAUCAGAUUUUGGUGAGUGUGAAAUAUUAGAUCAACUUUCAGAACGUGAUCGAACUGGUGCUACCGGAACGCUCGAAUUUAUGGCGCCGGAAUUAUUGUCGGUUGAUGAAGGAGGAAAUUUUUAUAAAGAUUAUUCACCAAAAUCUGAUAUGUGGUCACUUGGAAUGGUUCUUUAUUAUCUUUGUUAUUCAAGGCUUCCUUAUCAUCAAGUUGAUGAUGUUGACUUAUUGAAAGAGGAGAUUUUACAUUUUGAAGGAGUCUCAUUCCCAGAAAGCUUAGCUUCUUCAAGUUCAUCAUAUAUAAUCCCUCUACAACUUAAAAAUUUGAUUAAAUUAUUAUUGUCAAAGAAUAAGAAAAUUAGACCUUCUUGUGAUGAGAUAUUGAAAUCUGUUGGAGAUAUUCGAGCAAAGUUUGCAAACAACGUUUAUAACGAAGCUCCAGUUGAAUCAUCAUUUAAUCCACACAUCACAUCAGAUCCUACCGUACAAAGAGGAUCGUCUAAACUUGUUCGUAUUCCUUCAAAUAAUACAAUAGUUUCAUUAUCAAGUCAAGAAGAUGUCGAAUUAUCGCCAGAUUUGGAGUUCCCCGUUUUGUCCGACAAUUCCACCACGAGUAAAGUUGAUCUUCAUCCAAUAUCGAUGUUAGAUGAUUCAUCUACUGAACCUUCUGACUCAGCGAAUUUACGUAGACGUAAUAAAAUUGUUGAGAAAGUUCAAGUUUUGCAGGAGACCAUUAACGAAAGUUCUUCCAAUUCUGGUGUUGAAAGGAAUUUUGACGUUGGACAAACUUCAAUAGUUCAGAAUGAUAGCCAAACAGCCAUUGUUCGUGCAUCACCUUUAAGAAAUUCACUUUAUAAAAUGUUAUGUGCUUAUAAAUUUGAAAGUGGAUGGUGGAGAGUUCUUAAAUUUUUCAUGGUCGUAUUGAAGAUUACGACAUGCCUGGGGUAUUGUUCACCUUAUCUACCUCCUCCUUUGAUGUUAUACCCCGUUAUUAUUUUUGCAAUGAUGGACCUUUAUACGUAA